AACAACCCUGCAGGCACCAAGGUCAGUGCAGAAGGAGGGGGAGGAGGUGCUCCAUGAGCUGGAGUAGAGAUUCCCCUGCAGCCUGUGGGGAAGCAGGCUCUGUCCUUGCAGGAGGACAUGGAGGUCCAUGGGGAUGCAGACAUCCACCUGCAGCCCAUGGAGGACCCCAUGCCAGAGCAGGUGGGUGCCCAAAGGAGGCUGUGACCCCGUGGGAAGCCCAUGCUGGAGCAGGGUCCUGGAAAGACCUGUGGACCCGUGGAGAGAGGAACCCACUCUGGAGCAGGUUUGCUGUCGGGACCUGGGAUCUUGGGGGGAACGCACGCUGGAGCAGGCUAUUCCUGAAGAACUGCACCCUUUGGAAGGGACCCACACUGGAGCAGUUAAUGAAGAACUGCAGCCUUGGGAAGGAACCACCUUGGAGAAGUUUGUGGAGAGUUGUCUCCCGGGGGAGAGACCCCAUGCCAGACCAAGAGAAGAGUAUAACCGUCUCCCAAGACCCCAUGCCAGAGCAGGGGAAGAGUGUAACUGUUUCCCAUGGGAGAGAACCCAUGCUGGAGCAGGAGAAGAGUGUAACUAUCUCCUGUGGGAGAGACCCCAUGCCGGAGGAGGAGAAGAGUGAGAGGAGUCCUUCCCUUGAGGAGGAAGGAGCGGCAGAAACAGCGUGCGAUGAACUGACUACAGUCCCAACUCCCGAGGACCCAACGCUGCUGACGGAAAAGAGGUGUCAGUCAGCCACUCCGCCACCUCUUUUAUCCCCCCGAAGAAGCCCUGCCUACCCCCUCAGUGAUAGUGAGGACUCUUCCCGCUCUACUCAGCUCACCAAAGUCUCCAGCUCCAGGCAGUGCCUCAAGGACUGGAACAGCUGCACAUCUACGCCACAAGGCACCUCCACAAGCCCAUCGGACACAGACUCCUCGAGCCACCCCCUCAAAGCCAUCAGCGUGGGUGCUUUGGAUAAAAGGCUGUCCGUGUCCAAGGCUGACCAAAAGGAGAGUCCAAAUGAGGCUCAAGACGGGGAAGCAAUAGGGAGCCAUCCACUUGCCCGGAGCACUCUGUCCUUGGGCACUGCCACCAACUUGAGGACCUUCUCCAUCAGCAGGGUGAGCGUCCGCUCCCAGGCUCUGGACAUCAGGCAGAAGAUCACAGAAUGGGAAUGCCGCCGGGAGCUAUCCCCCAGGAUGAGUGUGUGUGUGGACAAGAGGGAUACUGGGGAGAGGUCAGGCAGUGAAAGCUGCCCCAGUGUGCUGACCUCUCCCUGCAGCGACAAGACAUUUGAUUUCAAAGGGCUCAGAAGAAUGAGCCGAACAUUUUCCGAGUGUUCUUACCCAGAAACAGAGGAGGAGGAACUGCUGGACAGGGAUUCCUGCCAUAGGUUUGAAAAGAGACCAAGCAGGAGUGAACCUCCUGCUGCCACUUUCCUUAAGGGCCACGGGAGGAAAGAGUCCUCUGCUGUACUCAACAGAAUACAGAAGAUUGAGCAGGCUCUGAAGGAGCAGUCGGGCAGAGGCCUCCCCCAGUUACCAAGUAGCUGCUACAGUGUUGACAAAGGGAAGAAAAAGACUGUGGAGGGACUGAGUGAAACCCUAAGUGAUAGCAAAGGAGGGAGUGUUAUUUUGGGGAGUGAACCAGAAACACCCCCUGAGGCUGAGAAAAGCAGUAAAACAAAACAGGGAGUUACUGCGAACUCAGCCGGCCCUAAACUGCUCCUCGAAAGCCCGGCCAACAGCGCCGCCGUGAAUCCUGUCCCCAAGCCCAAACGCACCUUUGAAUAUGAAGCAGACAAAACCCACAAAAACAAACCAAGCAAUGGCCUACCUCCAUCUCCUACACCUUCUGCUCCUCCUCCCCUCCCGUCCACUCCUGCACCCCCCGUGACCAGAAGGCAGAAGAAAGAGUCGCGCUUUCACAGAAAAUCCCAGAAUAGAAAAUCCUUUGAGUUCGAGGAUGCCUCAAGUCUGCAAUCCCUGUACCCUCCCUCCCCGACUGAAAAUGGGACUGAGAGCCAGCAUAAAUUUGGAUCCAAGAGCACUUUAGAAGAGAAUGCCUAUGAAGACAUUGUAGGCGAGUCACCCAAGGAAAACCCGUACGAGGAUGUGGAGCUGAAAGGCCGUCACGCGGGCCGAAAAUCCCAUCAGCUCUCUGAGAAUUCCCUAGAUUCUUUGCACAGGAUGUGGACGCCGCAGAACAGGAAAUACACAUCACCUCCCCAGCUGCCCUCGAAGCCCAGCAGCCAGUCUAUGCGCGUUGGGAACUGGUCAGAAAGGAAGAGCCACCGCUUACCACGGCUGCCCAAGCGGCACAGCCACGAUGACAUGCUGCUGCUGGCUCAGCUUGGCAUCCCCUCCUCCCCUUCCAGCCUCAAUGAGGACAGCCUGAGCACGGCAAGCGAGCUGCUGUCUACACGGCGAGCCAGGAGGAUCCCAAAGCUUGUCCAAAGAAUCAAUUCAAUCUACAGUGCAAAAAGAGGAAAAAAACGACUGAAGAAACUUUCUAUGUCCAAUAUUGAGACAGCAUCCCUACGAGAUGAGAACAGCGAGAGUGAGAGUGACUCAGAUGACAGGUUUAAAGCUCAUACCCAGCGUCUUGUGCACAUCCAGUCAAUGCUGAAGAGGGCUCCAAGUUAUCGAACUCUGGAACUGGAGCUGAUCGAAUGGCAGGAACGGGAGUUAUUUGAGUAUUUUGUGGUAGUGUCACUGAAAAAGAAGCCCUCUAAAAACACUUACCUCCCAGAAGUGACAUAUCAGUUUCCCAAGCUGGAAAGACCGACUAAGCAGAUGCGUGAAGCAGAGGAGCGUCUCAAGGCCAUCCCUCAGUUCUGCUUCCCUGAUGCCAAGGACUGGCUCCCUGUCUCUGAGUACAACAGUGAGACCUUCUCUUUCAUGCUGACUGGAGAAGAUGGGAGCCGACGGUUUGGCUAUUGCAGGAGGCUGUUGCCGAGUGGAAAAGGCCCACGCCUACCUGAGGUUUAUUGCGUCAUCAGCCGGCUGGGGUGUUUUGACUUAUUUUCCAAGAUCCUGGAUGAGGUUGAAAGGAGAAGGGGAAUAUCUGCUGCCCUGGUUUAUCCAUUUAUGAGAAGUCUGAUGGAAUCUCCUUUUCCUGCACCUGGAAAGACAAUCAAAGUCAAAACUUUUCUGCCUGGAGCUGGAAAUGAGGUCAUUGAGCUGCGGAGGCCCAUGGACUCGCGCCUGGAACACGUGGACUUUGAGUGCCUUUUCAAGUGCCUCAGCGUUCGUCAGAUCAUCCGGAUCUUCGCUUCUCUCCUGUUGGAGCGGCGUGUGAUUUUUGUAGCAGAUAAGCUCAGCACCUUGUCGAGCUGCUCACAUGCUGUGGUGGCCCUGCUCUACCCCUUCUCCUGGCAGCACACCUUCAUUCCUGUUCUGCCCUCAUCCAUGAUUGACAUCGUGUGCUGCCCUACCCCCUUCCUGGUGGGACUGCUCUCCAGCUCUCUGCCCAAACUCAAGGACCUGCCUGUAGAGGAGGCUUUGAUGGUUAACCUGGGAUCUGAUCGAUUCAUCAGACAGAUGGAUGAUGAAGACACACUAUUACCUAGGAAAUUGCAAGCUGCUCUGGAGCAGGCUCUAGAGAGAAAGAAUGAACUGAUAAAUCAGGAUUCAGAUAGUGAUUCAGAUGACGAAUGUAACACCCUGAAUGGAUUAGUGUCUGAGGUUUUUAUCCGAUUCUUUGUGGAGACAGUUGGCCAUUAUUCCCUGUUCCUAACCCAGAAUGAAAAAGGAGAGCGUGCCUUCCAAAGGGAGGCAUUCCGUAAAUCUGUGGCCUCCAAGAGCAUCCGCCGCUUCUUGGAAGUUUUCAUGGAAUCCCAAAUGUUUACUGGCUUCAUCCAGGACAGAGAGCUGAGGAAAUGUAGGGCAAAAGGUCUCUUCGAGCAGAGGGUUGAACAGUAUUUGGAAGAGCUGCCGGACACGGAACAAAGUGGAGUGAACAAGUUCCUGCGAGGCCUUGGGAACAAAAUGAAGUUCCUUCACAAGAAGAACUAAUUCCUUUCUGCUGAAAUACCAACCCAAAGACUAUUUAUGACACUGCGCGAGACACCUGCGGCAUUCCAGAGUUCGGAGCAUGAGGAGAGCAGAGCGAGCUCUAAGUGAUGACUGAUGCUGUUGACAGUGUGCCACGUGAUGGCUCCUUUAUGUAUUUAGAUAGAAUUUGUACAUAAUGUGCUGUAAGCUUUUUGUAACUGAUUUUGUAAUGAGCAAGAAAACUGUGGUAAAUAUUUGUAUAUUCCUGAGAAUAACAGGUGCUUAUUUUUGUUUCUUUAGUAUGAAUUGAGUUAUGCUUGGUGCAAAAAUGAAUAGCUGAUUUAUGUGCAGCUGACUGUCUCAGCAGAACCACUGACUUCAAGGGAUGUUUGUGAGAGAGCGACGCUGAUGCCUGAAUACUGUGGGGUGAAUGAGCUCGGGUACAUGGGAGAGGUUGUACGAACGGGGGCCGCUUUCACGCGGCACAGUUGCUUGUUUGGUUGGGUUUUUUCCCCUCUAAUUAAUUUUAAAGAAAUAACAAAGCAACUUGAUAAUAAGGUACUUGGUUCACAAUGCAAACUUUCCACUUGGUUUGAACUCUGGUCAGUAAACUCCUUGUAAUCCAUUCUGCACUAAGACUGCUAAACCUGAGGAGAUCUCAGCUCUUUGACAUACAAGCUGCAGCGAGUAGGUACAGUACAUCCUUUCCUAAUGUAUGUAUGUAUGGUUUCUAAUAAACUCUGUAAAUAUACCUGUUUGUUUAUAUUCAUUGCAAACCUCUGCAGUUUCUGAUGUUGAGCAGGUACAAACCCAGUAACUUUCCUGUGAUUUUUUUUUUUUUAAUGAAUUUGUAAUUAAAAUGGUUAUUAUGAACCUGUCUUUUGGUAGGUUUGCUAUUUCGUGAUGUGUAGUUUGGGUUUUCUUCAAUGUUUUUCACUGGUGCUAAGAGAAGGCAUUUUGUAUCGCCGUUUUGUUAAUUUUAUCCUAACAGAAGCAUCUCUUAAAACAUUUCUUUCGUGGGGUAGCAGCGAAUUGUUUUGUCAUUGUAUCAUAUAUACCCCUGAACUGUCGUAUUUUCAGGUUGCUUUUGUGCUACAUUGGGUAGAUGAUCAGAGUAGAAUAUGAGCAGCUUAUAGCAGGCAGCCUUUGUCUGGAUUUCUGAUGAGCUGAUCACCUACAUUUCAUGAGAGACUGCUUUUCUUUUACAUUAAUUGCAGUGUGUUUAGCUGAUGUUUCCAUGUCAGUGAAGACAGGACAGGAAUGGUUCAGCUUGCCAUGGCUCCUGCACAGCUGUGAGUGCUGCUUAACUACCACAUUCGUCCUUGAUCUGAUAACAGAUAACUGUUGAGGUUCUGUAAGUUUCCCUGUAGUCUGAAGAAGAAAAUAUAAAAUGCUUGAAUAUAUUUGCAAGUCUGACAGAUAAUGAAAAUUAGCUAAAACUUCUUACCUUUAAAGAAAAGAAGCCAUACUGUGUUUUUCUUCAUUUGCAGCAUGAUUUCUGUAGUUAGACUGGCUUUGAGGCUUGCGCAAUUCCGAACCUGUCAGUGGUUCUGGUUUGCUAUCAGCCUCAUAGAACAAUAUCGAGGGAUUAUUCACUAAAAAGGUGAAGUCGUUUCCUUUUUUAAUUACCUCCCUCACACUCGUGUGUAUACAAAAGCUUUUAAGUGGACAUGAAAUGUCUGUAAAAUAUCAGGUGCUUUUGAUUCAAUGGAAAUGUCAUCACAACCAAUAAUUUCCAUUAGUUUUACUAUAUAAUACGUUCUAAGUUCCAGAAUGACUCCUAGAUGUAAGUCUUCGGAGUGGAAGGAAUAACGUCACUUGUACAGGUGGCUUCUGGCCUUUUUAUAAACAGCAGCUGCUAGUAAAUGUAUGUACAUAUUCCUCUUAAGAAAAUGAUGGAUAAAACAUCAUCAGGACGUGCUGCAGAGUUGCUACAAAAGCAAGACAAAGCCGCAGAAAGACGUACAAGACUGAUGCUGUAAAAGCCGUCUCCCACACCAAAGCUAUUUUCCUCCAUCUGCACUUUAAAAAUUUAAAGAGAAAGGUUUUAAACAUUUUAUGAUCCAUCAACAUGUCACUCCUGCUUUUGUAAUGUGAAUCAGAGGAUAGAAAUGGACACGGUGAGGUCAUGUUUCGAAAAAUCUGUAGAUCUUCUUGACCCUCAGACUAUGGCUAUAUAAAACAAUCCCUGUGUUAUUUGGAGGUCUGUGUUUGAAAGGGAAGGAUGAAUGAAAAAUUAGAAGUGUUCUCUUCUAAGUUAGUUGCUAAAACGAAUGGGUUUCCUCAGCAUGGAACAUUACAAGUGCACCGCUUAACUGAGAAGGAAAUCCU